UUUUCUUCCUUUGGAAUAUUCGCAUAAUGACGCUUCUCUCUAGUCAAUUUUGAGUUAAGAAGCUGCAUUAAUUCGCGAUUGUUUUUUUGCCGGUGGUUAAAUUUCUAAUCGGAGUGAACUUCGGAAUCCGAAGUUUGACAAUGACUCGUAACCACACAACUAACAUUCAUCAUGGAUGAUUAUAAUGUCGACAACGCACAGUCCAACACAUUUUAAUGGAGAGAUAGACAGCUUUUACGAUCCAAACUUUGAUAUUAAUAAGCAGAUGCAAGUUCCCAAAAGCAUUCGUGUAAACGGGGAUUAUAUGGAUAAGGAUAUCGCUGUUACAAAUACAUCGACGUGGAAUCAAAUGUCUACUAUGGAUAAAUUCGAUAUGCAAGUGCCAGAUAGGAUUCUUGUUGUUGGAGAAGGACAGCAUUUUGGUACCAAGGCGCCACCACCAGAAAUUGUUUUAGAAAAUGCUGUAAUGCGUACCGAACCUGCUAUAGUCAGAGUACAGACUCCUCCAAGAGUUUUGACUUUAGACAAUCACUACUUCCCAGCAGUAGAUGAAGACGAGCCUAUACCAAAUGCCAAUGAAAUUGUAAAUCCGGUGAUUACAAGACCCAAGACAUAUAAUACAGAAACACAGAUAGUGAAACAUGUCAGAGAACAAACGCCCGCUUACAAUGCUCUCGACGUUUCUCUACCUCCCAGUGAAGAAGUUCAACACUUACGUCGUCAAGUAGGUAAAUUGAACCGCAGGGUGAUGGCGCUCGAAUUAGACAUGCUGCAGCGUCAGCAGAGAGAUAAGAUUUUGUAUAUUGCAACUAUAGCGUACUUUAUUUUGAAAACCUUUUCUUGGUUAACCAGAAACUGAGUUUUUGAUCGAAAAAGAGAAAGGAAAGGAAGAUUACAAACACGUUUGUUUUGCUAAAAGAGGCAUGUUUUUAACCCAGAAUGUUGAAUCACUUGCUCUAAGAAAGUAUAACCAAAGACUUUUUAUCACAGUCUUGUAAGAUUAAUCUUCAAAAUUGAGAUAAACGACACAAUACGGAUAGAUAUGCGCGAGUUUCUAUAACGCAAGACACAUUAGACGGACAGAUGACACAUGAAAUACAUUGAAAAUAUGAUAAUUUAUUGUCUUUGCUGUAUUAAAAGUAUGCUGGGCUUCAAACGGAUGUAUGUAUUGUAUUAGGUUUGACAAUAUAUAAUAUAUAUGUAUGUUAUUAAUGUAUAUACAGUGAUUUGCGAAACUUUAACAAAUUGAGUUCAUUUUCAUAUAAUUGUAAAUGUAGGAAAUUUAGCAUGAGUUCAUAGUAGUAUGAUCAAUUGUAGUAUGAAUUCAUGCGAGCAUGCAUCAAUCUGUUUCCUUUCUCAGUAUUAACGAAAACAAUGUUUAGGAAACAUUUUAGGAAGAAUUUAUUUUUGUGUGCGAUAUGAAAAUGAUCUAUGCUUAUCCGGAGCAUCUUAUCUGAAUUGAUGAUUUACUUCAAUAAUAUAGAAUUACGUUUUUCUCUGUGGCCAUAGCACUUAGAAUUGUAAUCUUGUCCAACAUAUAUAUUGCGAUUAAUAAAAAAUCAACAAAGUUA